GCGGAGCGGGGCUGGGCGGCCCCCGCCCGCGCAGAGCCCCGGUGCCUCGCCAUGGUGCUGCCGGGGGAGCAGGCCCGGCUCUACCGGCCGCGGCCCGAGCUGCUGCCCGCGGCCCACGUCCCGUCGCUGUCCCACUACCAGCGCCUGUACCAGCGCUCCGUGGAGGAGCCGCACGAAUUUUGGGGAGACAUCGCUAAAGAGUUCUACUGGAAGCGUCAGCUCACGGGACCUUUCCUGAAGUACAACUUCGAUGUGACCAAGGGGAAGAUCUUCAUCGAGUGGAUGAAAGGAGCGACCACCAACAUCUGCUACAACCUCCUGGACAGAAAUGUCAAUGAGAAGAAGCUUGGGGACAAAGUUGCUUUUUACUGGGAAGGGAAUGAACCUGGGGAUUCCACGAAGAUCACCUACCGUGAGCUGCUGCACAAAGUUUGCCAGUUUGCCAAUGUCCUCCACAGCCAAGGGGUGAAGAAAGGAGACCGGGUUUCCAUCUACCUGCCAAUGAUCCUGGAGCUGGUCGUAGCCAUGCUUGCCUGUGCCAGGAUUGGAGCUCUGCACUCUGUUGUGUUCGCAGGCUUCUCUGCAGACUCCCUGUGCGAGCGGAUCCUUGACUGCGGUUGCUCUCUCCUCAUCACGGCAGAUGGCUUUUAUCGAGGGGACAAACUGGUCAACUUGAAGCAGAUUGCAGAUGAAGCCACCCGGAAAUGUAUAGAGAAGGGAUCCUCUUUGAAAAAGUGCAUCGUGGUGAAGCACCUGGGCAGGGAAGAGAUGGCAGUGGAUGGGACCUGCAGCAAGUCUCCUCCUCUGAAAAGGCUGUGCCAGGAAGUGCAGGAAAAAAAGACUGAAAGCUCACAGAGACUCCAUCCCAAGACCCCCUGGAACCCAGCCAUGGACACGUGGUGGCAUGAGCUGAUGCGUGGUGCCAGCACAGAGUGUGAGCCCGAGUGGUGCGACGCCGAGGACGAGCUCUUCAUCCUCUACACGAGCGGCUCCACUGGAAAACCCAAGGGUGUGCUGCACACCGUGGGUGGGUACAUGAUUUUUGCUGCCACCUCCUUUAAAUACGUGUUUGAUUACCAAGCUGAGGAUGUGUACUGGUGCACGGCCGACAUCGGAUGGAUCACGGGCCAUUCCUACCUGACCUACGGCCCCCUGGCCAACGGGGCCACCAGUGUGUUGUUUGAAGGCGUCCCCACCUACCCAGAUGUUGGCAGAAUGUGGAGCCUCAUUGACAAGUACAAGGUGACCAAGUUCUACACAGCACCCACGGCCAUCCGGCUGCUGAUGAAGUACGGCGAGGAGCCUGUCAAAAAGCACAGCAGGAAGUCCCUGAAGGUGCUGGGGACUGUGGGUGAGCCCAUCAACCCCGAGGCCUGGCUGUGGUACUACCGUGUAGUGGGAGAGGAGAGGUGUCCCAUUGUGGACACCUUCUGGCAGACAGAGACGGGAGGCCACAUGCUGACACCCCUUCCUGCUGCCACCCCCAUGAAGCCAGGCUCUGCUACAUUCCCCUUUUUUGGUGUGGUCCCUGCCAUCCUGAGCGAGUCGGGGGAAGAGCUGGAAGGAGAAGCAGAAGGUUACCUGGUGUUUAAGCAGCCCUGGCCAGGGAUCAUGCGCACGCUCUACGGAAAGCACCAGCAGUUCGAAACCAUUUACUUCAAGAAGUUCCCUGGGUACUACGUGACAGGCGAUGGUUGCAGAAGAGAUAAAGAUGGUUAUUACUGGAUCACAGGGAGAAUUGAUGACAUGUUGAAUGUUUCUGGCCACUUGCUGAGCACGGCGGAGGUGGAGUCAGCCCUGGUGGAGCACCCGGCGGUGGCCGAGGCUGCCGUGGUCAGCCACCCCCACUCCCUGAAGGGCGAGUGCCUCUACUGCUUUGUGACCCUGAGAGAGGGCCACGAGUUCACCAAGAACCUCACAGAUGAGCUCAAAAAACAAGUCAGAGAAAAAAUUGGGCCCAUAGCAACACCUGAUUACAUCCAGUACGCCCCCAGCCUGCCCAAAACCCGCUCAGGAAAGAUCACCAGACGGAUUUUGAGGAAGAUUGCCAAAAAUGACCACGAUCUGGGGGACAUCUCCACCUUGGCAGACCCGGGCAUCAUCACACACCUUUUCAACAGCAGAUGUGACACUAAGCAGUAGCAGCAGGACCUGUCCCUGCUGAGCAGAACAGUGGCAGUGGCACCUGAUGAGCAGGUCCCUCCAACAGCUGCUGCCUGCCCUGAAGGAAACCUUCACCUGUUGAAUUGAAUGUACCAAUCGUAGGAACGAGGAGAGUCUGGCUCUGGAGAGGCCGUGCCCGUGCCCUGGAUGAGGUGUCUGUCGUGUUCCAGAUGGAUGUCACACAUCUGAGGGUCAGCCUGGUGCACAGAGGGACUUGUCCUCCUCCCUUUUCAGCACCUCGUUCUUGAUUUUAAUUUAAUUGGGGGGGUGGGGGAGAGGGUGUUAAUUUACUUUAUGUCUGGAGGGGCCCUGGCACCUUGUGCACAGUGGGAAGGAGCUUUGGGGGCUGGAGGGGAAGUGAUGCUGGAGUUACUCAAUGCAGGCAGGCCUGGGAGGGGCAUCACCACUGCCCACGGAGCAGCUGAGCUUCCUUUUGUGCUUGGAGUGCUGCAAGCUGCAGGAGCACUGCAGCAGCCACAUCAUCACUGCACAGCUGUGCUCACCCUGCAUCCACUGGCCUGCUGCUAGCACAGCUUCCUGGAGCCUCUAGGGGAGUGGGGCAGGGCUGCCGGGAGCUCUGGGCUUUAAACAGGUUUUUUGGGGCAAUCUGAUACCAAGAUCUGCUGCUUCCUCACUGUGUUGUGCCAGCUGGUGCAUUGUCCCCAGUCCAGGGUCCUUCACUGGCCAUGGACACCACAGGGAGCCAGGAAGGGAGAAGCCUUGGUGUGACAUGUUCCAUGGAGCCCUGGUUCCUCCAGCCCUGCUGCACCAGCCCACAGCUGGAGCAGCUGGAUGCUCCUUCUGUGUCCUGGGGGAGGACUGGGAGUUGUUACAACGGAUGGAGAGGAAAUGGAGCCAGGCAGAGGCACCUUUCUCAUGGCACCAUGAGCACUGCUACAGCAGAGAAACCAAGGCAGGCAGGGCUGGGAGAGUCCUACUCAAUUCCUCAUUAGGAAAAACUGGUGGGAGAUAUUUAAAGUCAGUGUUUGCUUAAAUCUGACAUGGCUUAAGGAUGAUGAGAGCUAAAGGCCCACAAACCUUUUCCCCAAGAGCCUUGACCACCACCAGGGUCCUGCCAAAGCCAUCCUUCCUCCAGUGAAGGACCUUUAGCUCCAGCCAGGGCUGAGCUGGGGCUCAUACCUCCUUUGCAAUGUCUCUAUGAAACCUGCAUGUGAACUGUUUGAUUUUGCACUUAAACCAAAGGAGAACUGGGCUUUAAAACUUGCCGCGACAGCUGUUUUGGGGAGUGCCAGUGGCCAGGGAUUACCUGCAACCUGAGCUGACUUGGGGCUGGAAAGAAGGGGCAGCUGCCUCUGGGUCAGCGUGCUCAGGGCAGGGGUUGGGGUGCUCCGCUGGGCUGUUGGCCAAGUCCCAAAUCUCACUUGUUACCUGCUGCUCUCACUGGCACAGCACCUGUGUCACCUGUAACCUUGGUGCCUGCCUGUGUCCCAUGUGCCCCCACAGCUCUGUACCACUGGAUUGUGCCACCUUGGUGACAAGGAUUCCUACAUCAUCGUUCCUCCUGUUACUCUUUGUCAGCUAUGUAAUUUUGGCUGGAAAACAGCGAGAAUUUAAUGCAAAAUGGAAUAAAAUUCAAGAAAACAAAAUGGAAA